AUGGGAAAUGAUAUAACAUUGUCCCAAUUUCCUGACAACGAAAUUGACACUGAAGAUGAAGUGGAAGAAAACGAACCCCACAAUAUCACUGCUAAUACCAUUAAAGAAACAUGGAGGAAUUCAUGCUUCCUGAAUGUAAAGAAAAAGGCCCUCCAAUGUAGGGAGCUCCUUCCCCAACUUAGAGAUCUGAAGGCUUCUCUUACGGCAAUUCUUGUUAAGUUUCGUCCUCAAGUCCCACCAGAGAAUGGGCUCUUGUUAGAAAAAAAUACCCAAAGAAAACUCAAGACCAAUAAGAGAGUGCUGACUGCGGUAAAGUAUGCAGACCUACCCCCUCGAAAAAAAUUAAAGAAAGACAAUACAACAAACAAAGAAAACAGGAAAAGAAAAACCAAAAGACAACAAGGUACUCCCCAAGGAAGCUGCCUAAGUAUUCCCUCUCUAAAAUUAAGAUUACCACAAGGAUUAUCUAAUUCUACACAUUUACCAAAGCCUAGCCAAAGUAUGUUGAGCAAGACAAAACUUUAAAUAUUCUAUAUCUCCUUCACCACAACCCCAAAAGGCUCAGACCAAGACAACAUAUUCAACACCUGCAUCCAUGUCAAGUAAAUCUGUAUCUUCUUCACCAUCACCUCCCCAAAAGGCUCAGACUAAGACAACAGAUUUACAACCUGCAUCCAUGCCAAGUUCAUCUGUAUCUCCUUCACCACCACUCUAAAAGGUUCAGACCAAGACGACACAUUCUACACUUGCAUUCAUGUCAAGUACAUCUGUAUCUCUUACACUGCCAAACCAAACUGCGGCAACCGAGAGAAAAGAUACCACACUUGCAGCUUCCAUGCCAAGCCCAUCUUUAUCUGCCACAUCACAGAAGCACCCAACACAAAAAACCCCUUACAUUCAGACCUAUCUUCGUCUCCUUCACUGCCACAUCAAUCAACAAGUAAAGGGCAGCCGUCUCAUGAAGUUUGUUCCCCUUAAAGUCGUAUACGGGUCCAUGGGCCAGCAGAAUAAGACAUUCUCUGACAGAAACAGGGGCAAGCAAUGCACAAGCAAUAGUUUAACUUUCUUGCUUCGUUACUUGACAAUUCUUAGUGAUAAAAAAACUAAAGCAACAAUUGAUACAGUUCUGAGUGCUUUAAAACUGUUAGGGGGAAGGUAG